AUGUUCAGAACUACAGUCAACAGGAUUCCUCUGAGGAGCACCUUUUCACAGUCUAUACUGAGACCGCAGACGGCUCUGAGAUUUCUUUCAAGCGAAACCAAAAAUGCCAUUGAAAGCGCUGUCAACUCUGCCAAGGUAGUCUUGUUCAUGAAGGGGACCCCACAGCAACCCCAAUGCGGAUUUUCCAGGGCUACUAUACAGAUGUUAGGACAGCAGGGCGUUGAUCCAGAAAAGUUUGCCGCCUACAAUGUGUUAGAGGACCAAGAGCUUAGAGAGGGCAUUAAGGAAUACAGUCAAUGGCCUACUAUUCCCCAACUGUAUGUUGACAAAGAAUUUGUUGGUGGGUGUGACAUCGUUAUGAGCAUGGCUCAGAGUGGUGAGCUAACUGAACUGCUUGAGAAACAUGAUGCUUUGAUUCCAGAGGAACCCUACGAUGAAGCUGAACCUGAAAAAGCUGCCGAUGCUGAGGUGAAACCAAGAUCUAGAGAUUAA